AUGCCUAAAAACACCAAAUCGCCUUCGAAAAGCAAGUCCAAGAAUAAGAGCAAGCCAGGCGGUAGUGUGCGAAAACAGCCUUUAAAUUUUGUGAUCAUUAAAAAAAGCAACAAUGAAGAGAGUAAUAAUGAUAAUAACAGCAGCAACAUUAACGAUGAUGGAGUGGUAGUAGCAACAUCGAAGGCUAUUCCGAGCAGGAGCGAUGAUGUGAUUCACGCCGAGCCAUCAAAUGUGAUUGAUAUUACAAAUGUCGAUCAUCCACAGCAAGUAGUUCAUGAACACACAUCAUCGAGUGGUAAUAGUAGUAGUCCAAGGGAAAGAAACAUCACUGCAAGCAUGAAUUCAAUUCCCCUUCACUCAUCACCCAAGAAAAGAAAUAAUUUGACCAUCACAAGUUUCUUCUCAUCACCGCCACAGAAGAAAAACAACGAUGGCGUCGAUGUAGAAUUGUUAGAUAAUUCUCAGGCAUAUUUUCCUUCGGAAUUAAUAUCAGUUAAUGCAGCAGCAUUUUCACAAACUUCUACAGAUUUCCAAGGUUGUAUGCAACAACAUGACACAUCUUUGUCCUGUCCUAGCUUAUCGCAAUCUUCAAAACAAAACACUCCUCCUAAAUUAACAACAACCCUCACAUUCAAACAAAAACUAUCACCAAACCAUCAUGAUACAUUCAUGACAUCAUCGACAGUCACAACAAAUGACACAUCAUCAACAAUGGUGACUCCUAAAAAACCUGUCAAGACAUUAAAAAUGAAAGACGACACUUCUUCCUCAAAAAGUAAGAAGAAAAACGAGUCGACCAAACGAAAAAGAAGCGAAGUAUCAGUGCCCCAUGUUGAAAGUGUCAACAGUUCAGAUAGUAGCGAAGAAAAUCAACAUUUUGUCUCCAUCAAGAACAAGAACACAGACGAAAUUGUUGGUACCGUUGCACCCAUAUUUUUGACUAAGGAACAAAAGAAAAGGAAAAAAGAACUUCAAGUCCUUAGUGAUUAUCAAAAAAAUCAAGAGAAACGAAAGGAAAUGAAUGAAUUAUUUUGUAAAGGUUCUGGAGAACAUCCCUUAAUGGCACUCCAGAGAGAACAACGAAAGGCACAAAAAGAAGCAAAAAAAUCAACGCAAGCUGAGGAUCAUGACUUUUGGCAAGGUGUAAAGCCACUUGCAUGUAAUGUAACGACUCAGGAUUUGAAACAGUUUGGAAAUUGUCAACAUGUGAAUUAUGUUAAGAGUGUUCCAGUUGACAGUUUGUGUGACACUAGGAGUCAUAACACUAAAAAGUUUAAUAUUGACGACCUUCUUCUUCCAGAAGACAACCAUGAAAUUACAAUUACUGUGGAGACUGAAAGCUCUCAAUUAAUUCCACUAUUGACAAAAUUAACUUCUACUUCCAUCGAACAGCCCAAAUCACAUCGAAAAUUGGAAAAGAAAGUCCAUGACUUGAGCAUGGAAGAUACUCUAACAAUGGAGAACAAACUACCACAACUUGAGAGAGCUGUGGAGAUUUUGUAUCCCAAACAAAUGUGGAACACAGAAAAGCAACAUUUCAAAAACGAAUUCAAAAAUCUUGAAGAAAAGAAAUGGAAAAAAACAAAAGCUCUACAAGAGCAACAGAAAAUCCAAACGAUCGAUCUUGAUGAAAGUUCAAUGGAAAGUUCCAAUAGCAAUAGUGGAUUUGAACGACGAGAGAUACGACGUGAAACUCUCUCUGAAGAUUUGUGGUUCAUCAAGUACAGACCUACUCAUUCGAAACAAGUCAUUUGCAAAAAUCCAGAAGCAAAUGAACAACUUCAUGAAUGGCUCGAGUCAUGGAAACAAUUUUUGUCAAAGCCAGCAAAUUCAUCAAAACAAACAAAACACAGCAAAAAGAAAAAACCAAAAGAAGAAGAAAAUAGAAGAAAAAGCAAAAAAGAAAAGGAAUUUUUCGACGCUUUUACUGACGACGAAGAGGAAGAAGCCAAUUUGGAAAAUUGUCUCAUUGUUUAUGGCCCCAAUUCUGGAAAGACCGCCUCUGUGAGUGCGAAUGCUACUGAACUCGGAUUUGCAGAGUUAGGAUUGGACGCCUCAAAAGAGAGAACCAGUAAAAGUGUCACAGAGUUGAAGGAAACUACUCAAUCACGUGGUCUUCGAGAAUCUCAUGAAACAAUCAUCGUCAUUGAGGAUGUGGAUGUUACCUUUAAAGAAGAAUCUUACUCGUCGUUUGUGAAUGGUAUAGAAAAAUUGGUAAAAACAUCCAAACGGCCGAUUAUUCUCAUUGCUGACUAUUUGAGAAGUGAUUCCCCACUCAAAUCAUUUUGUAAGAAGGCCAUUUGUUUUUUAAACGAGAAACCUUAUUUGAAUCGAAAGAGCAUCAAUGAUUCGACGAACAAAGAUACUAUUGAUCCACACUGUAAAUAUUUAUUGGAUGUAACCUGCUAUGUCUAUUCGAUAUGUCUAUGUGAAGGCCUCAAUGUCGAUUUGGAGAGAGACAUACUUCCGGUCACAACAUACUUUUUGGGAGAUUUAAAGAAAAUACUCUUAUUACUUCAAUUUUGGCUUUGCCAAAUACAUUAUUAUGACACAUUAACCAUUGAAAAGAGACCAAGUCUAUUGGAAAUGAUUUUAGGACUGAACUCUUUUGAAAAUUAUAGUAUGAGCGUUACAUCAUUUAGACAUGCUGAAGAUGACUUUGAAUCAAUGGAUCAAAUCGACCUACCAUUUUACAAUUAUUUAAAUGGAAAUGCAGAUUCAAAGCAGAUUCCUGCAAAUUUUAUUUCUCUCUUGUCCCAUGCUGACACUCUACGAAAAUAUAAUGACGAAUCCUCAUGUAAUAUUUAUUCGACGCUAGAAAUUUUAGCAAUUCACUCACUCCUUCCAAACAAACAGCUUUUGCCCAAUGUAAACCCUCCAAGAAGCGAAAACAAUGAUAACUUGUCUUCGUACAUCAUUGAAAGCAUGAUGGAUCCAUCCAUCAUUCCAAUACUCAACGGCAACGAUGACAACACCUCAUUCAAUACUCAAAACAUUCUCUUUACAUUCAAAAAGCAUUGCUUCGAGUCAUACAUGGACUCAGUGACGCGUCAUAUAAUUUUCACACCCAAAGAAGAUCAAUUAAUCAUGCCGAGCGUCUAUCUCCUUAAGAAGGAAAAUUCGAAUUUUAAUUUAUUUCAGCAUGUAUUGUCACUAUGCAACCUGGAAGAUAGUAGAAGAACAGAAGGACGGACGAGAAGAUUCUUUCACUACCUUAAGGAUUUGCUUGAAACUCAUAUUGAGAUAUUAGAAAAAUUAGCGAAACCAUUCAAGACAAAGAUCAUGGAAAAUUCCAAGUGUAUGGAUGAUGAGGAUCAAGAUGACGAUGCUGUUUAA